AUGGAUGGAGAAGUCGAUAAUGCUGCUGAUGGUGAUACUAAUGGGUUGGUGAAAAGGCACGGUGCUACGGGGGUUCCUGCGAAGGGCAUUUUGAAGUCGAUUCAACAGCCGGAGUCCUUGCCGCCGUCACAGACUGCUGGGUCUCAAUCUUUGAUAGCAGGAAAUAUACAACUCCCUCAUCGCGGUUUAUCAAAGGCGGAUGUUUUGGAUGGAAAUAAUACAACUUCUAGGAUCGAUACGUUGUCUUUACAGGAAAGAAGUAAUAGAAGAGUAUCCUUUGCCCCGGACGUGACGUUGCAUAGCUUUGACUUUGUACCAGAGACGAGAACAAGUUUCAGAGAACCUAGAAGAAAAGCUACCGAUUUUGUAGUGACUUCAACGCAGCAGGAAAAUUCUGAUGAAGAGGAUGGAGUGACUUCGCAAUCGAUGGACUUGACCUCUCCAGUAGCUAUCUCCACACAACCGUAUAUGCCCGUGUUUGAUCAAGAGGUGUCGAUGGAGAUCACGCAGCUAUUUGCCAAGCACGAUGAGCCACAAGAAAAGGAGGAAACAAUGGAUUUCACUGGGAUUCCCGUUCCAGUAGCUAAAACGGUAGAAAAUGUGGAGAACGGUGGAAAUACUAUGGAACUUACAGCGAUUCAUGAUUCUGAGAAAGGGCCUGAAAUACCUGCAACACCUCCCAGUAGUAAGAGGCGUAAACUUAAUCCUGAACCACGUAGCCCUAUGCAAGAAAGCUCCGAUGAUCAGGACAUGGAGCUUUCAAUGAUGGAAAGAAUGUCUCCAAUAAAGUUGAAGCCAACGGAGCCACAGGUUGAGACGGUUGAAAGCCAUUCUCUGCGAGAAUUUAUCGACGAGACUGGAGUUUCGUUCAUGAUCGACACUGACCUCAUCGACAAGCGAAGAAAUCCUAUAACCUUCAAGACAAUUCAAUCUUCACAGAGAGAAAAAUUCAGGAUCAAUCAGCUCCUAUACGCCUUAUAUCUUGAUACACCAGUUUUAGAGAUGAAUGCCUUCAUAUGCAAAGAGCUACUGAGAAGAAUCACGCAAUCGAAGAAACAGUUUGAUGAUCUUGACGAACAAGUAAGUUCUGCACAAUCGCAGCCUUUACUAUUUACCGAGUACUUUACUUCCAGUCAAGAGAUGAGACAGCUCAUGAAUCAACAGCUACAAUUGGUGAAGAGUUACUCGAAACUAGAAGCCAAGAAGUCCUGGUAUGAAUGGAGAACUCAACAUCUGAACGGGAUUAAGACAGUUUUGCAUGAAAAUUUAUUACUGCUGGAAGAAGAUAGAGCAAAGGUUAGAAAAAGCUUAAACAGGGUUCAAGAUUUAAAGGUCAAGGCACAAAACUUACGGAACUCUAUUAAAAAAGAGAUUGCACUCUUGAAGGAAAACAAUACAGAUGACUAUCAAGAAGAACCAAGUUUAAACGAACGAGUGAAAUUGGAAACUUUGAAGCAAGAGUUGGCGUCAUACUCCUUGAAUAUCAACAAUGGACAAGAACUUACUAAAAAAGAUGAGCAGUUGAAAGAAGAGAUUGAGCGUAAGAAGGAGCAACUUUUUGAUCUCAAGGAACAGUUAACCAUAUUAAGCCAAAAGCACAACAUGAGGUUGGAGAAAAAAAACUUUACAGAAUAUGACGUGGUAAAAUGUCGUAACAAACUCCAACUACUGAGCAUAAUAUCGGGAGUCGAGUUCGUACGAUAUCAAAACACCGAACUUACUAUAGGUUUUCCUUAUAUCGCUUCCUCAUUACAAAUAUCCGUCGAUCUUUCAAAUCUAAAUGCUGGCAACUUGUAUUCCUACGAGGUCAUUCAACCGGCUGAAACAGCACUUCUCUUCAAAUAUUGUUACAGAAGCACGCUAAGAAACGUUUUGGAAAUGCCUUCAAAGCAUCCUCUGUCGUUAGUUGCGCUGGGUGCUAAAAGUUCAAUUGCAAUAAUUAAGGAACUUCACAUGUUAAAACUUCUUUUUCCCGUACAACUCCAGCACAAGGAGAAAGAGAUACUCUUAGAAAUUAUGGACUAUGACCUCAGGUCCAGCACAAAAGCCAUUUACGACGUGGCUUUGACAGAUUUUGUCCGAGGUUUCGUCGAAGGUGAAAGUGAAAUCACGGUCAAGGCUACUGUAAUAGAAAAUGGACAUUUAUUAGCAUCAACCAUUCCAAUAACUUUUGUCAAGAAAGUGGCCAGGAUUCUUCCCUGGUUUGACGAAUCUCGAGUAAAAAUUUCAGUCUUGCAGAGUGCAUAA